AACAUCUUCCAAGUAUACACACCUACACAAGAACGAUAAACAACAAAAAGAGAAAAAAGCCAUUUUUCUUGAUCAUUUCUUCCAAGUGAUGAUCAAACGGUCCACGAUAUACAUACAUGGAAGCAGAACAUGGACAAGGAGCAAUGAUGAGCUCAGGCCAGCUGCCAGUGGGAUUUAGGUUUAUGCCAACAGAUAAGGAGUUGGUCACUCACUAUCUAAUGAACAAGGUGUUUGAUAGGCCUGUGCCAGCUGCUGAGGCAAUUCAGGACAUUGAUGCAACCCAAUUCUACAGCACCCAUCCGAAGAAUCUAGUGACAUUCUCCUGUGGAGAGAGAGAGUGGUUCUUCUUUAUCCAUGAAGACGACGAAAAUUGCAGUGCAAGUGCCCAAGGAAGAAAAAAUAUUCGAGUAGUUGGAAAUGGGGUAGGGUUUUGGAAACCAAAUGGAUCAGAAAACCCUAUCCACAAUGAAGAUGGCAAUGUCUAUGCCUCCAAGAUCUUUCUCACUUACUUUUCUGGAAGUCUAAGGAAAGCAAAGAAAACACAUUGGAAAAUGGUGGAAUACCAUUUGCACUCAGACUCUCACACGGAAGAAGAGUACCAAGUGCAGAGAAGAGAAUGGGUAUUGGGCCGACUGAAAAGAGGAAAUGCUUACAAUGGUCUUUGAGGAUUUGCGGAUUAUUAUUAUUUUUUUAAUAUUUCUUAA